AAAUUUUAACUGAUUACGACAUUUACCACGUUGAUCACGCUAUUUUUCUAAUGUUUACUAAAAUAGGAUGAUAGCAAAAAAUUGUUAAAGUCACUUUUAUGAGUCACAUGCUUUGUCCGCAAUGCACUGAAAAUGAUUUCUGAGAGACGGAAUCAUUUUUCAAUAUGCGUUGAAGUCGGACAUAAAUAGCCGUCGGACAAAACGUUAACGGCUGCCUACAGAUGGCGUCUCCGAUGUCUUGAACUUUCGCUAUCAAAUGUGGGACACAUUGUGUGUUUAGUGGCACGUUUGAUUGCUACUUUGUUAUCGUUCUUCAUACAUUAGCCAGUGGCGGCAUCCAAGUGUUUGAUACUUUUUUUAAAUUGGUAAAAAUCGAAGACGUCGAAGUUGAUUUUGUGACUGGACUCAAACGCCUGCAUUUUAUUUGCAAAUAACAAUGAAUACAGGUGUGCAGCUUCCUGUUUCCGCUUUGCGCCUCCUGGUGUCACCAAUUCAGCUUGUGUCUGCAGCAAUUUGGCAGACCAUCCAGAAUCGAGUUGUGGCUGAUUAUGGGUUGCUGGAGGAUUUCGUUUCCAUGGUGACAGACAUUGUCCCAGAUCUGCUCACUAAGUCUCAGAGGACCCAACUCAUCCUGGGUCUGCAAGUGCGGCUUAUCUUGGAGUUAUGUCAGUUUAAAAAAACAGCCAACUUAAAAACCAUGCAGCAACAUCUGGACAGACUGAACAUCCUCAUCAAGGCAUUUGCUACGGAUGAGGAUGACGAGCCAUGUUUAGACUUUGUAGAUUUUGUCAAACACUUGCUGAACAGUCCUGCUCAGAGGGAACACUUCUUUCUGAAUGUUUUUCCAGAGGAGUUUGGCCCUUCGUAUGACAAAGCCCUCAACUCCCUGAUGGAGAUGUUUCUGUCCAGACUUGAGGCUUUUCUCCCUUGGAAAACGUUCCAACAGGUCACGUCUUCAUGUGAUGAGGUGUCCUCUGCUCUGGUAAACAGUAUGGAAUCCAUGCGGCAUUCUGAAGAGCUCAAGACCCUGCUGCAUCAUCACAGGGAUCACAUUCACCUCGGACCCAAAGAUGACUCCCUGAAUGGGGCCUGCAUCCUGUCAGCGCUCAAGCGUGUCGUCGUAAAAGAACACGGCUUGCAAGGUAGCCGUACAUGCACAUUUUCUCCCCACGGAGAGAUGAAAACCGUCACAGGGGACCCUAUCAAGACAGAGAUGGAUGAAGCUGAUUGGGCAGAAAUCCCAAAAAGUCAAUUAGGUGAUGUUUCUUCUCCUACAGCGGGUGACUGUGUUCAAGGGGAAAAUCUUGAUCGGCCCUUGCAUUUUAAAUCUGUGCGACCAAACCGAGGCCUUAAGAUGCAAAUGAUUUUGUUGGAAGAGAAAAAAGGGCUAAAUAAUGAAGAAUCUGUGGCAAGUCCUUCCGAUCACUCUGACAAUGAAGAUUUAAGCGACGGAUGCAAUAAUUCCUCAUGGUCCUUCUAUUCUGAUGAGGACUCUUGUGGUGCUCCUCAUUCAUGGUCCGAGUACUCAAGUGACCACUCUCUCGAUGCUCUUGCCAGCAGUUCACCGCCAAGCCGCAUCAAGGAGGUCGCUUCUGUCCCGAAUAAAAACAAAGGGUUGGAAAAUACCAGCAACAAAGAAGAGCUGUGCCAAAAGAAACCUCAAAAAAGCUCCCGUCAAGUCCGGUGUUUCAUCUGCAAUGAGCAAGUCGACACAAACCUGAAAACCCACCUGAAGACCCACUUCCCCGACGGUCAGUACGCAUGCCCGCGGUGCGACAGCCGCUACAAGCUUUUCACGUCGCUCAAGCUGCAUUUGAAAAGAACUUGCUACGACCACGUCGGGCAGCAAGCAGGCCCGGCGUCGGGCCCUGAUCUUUACAAAUGCGAGAAAUGCGAGGAGGCGUUCAAGUACAAACUGUCCCUGGAAGCUCAUCAGCGGACUCAUCAUGAACUCUACUGCAGCGUGUGCAGGAAGGUUUUAAAAGACGCCGCCAUGUUAGAAAGGCACAAGUCUUCCCACAUUGGCUUUCAGUGUACUCGCUGUGAAGAGACGUUCAGUCUUUUUAAGCCCUUGCUCAGACACGCUGAAAACUUCCACAAGAUCAGCAGACCCUUUAAGUGCAACCACUGCUCGAAAACCUUCCCCGGUCUUCGCUUUCUAAUCAAGCACGAGUGGAAGCACACGGGCCACCUGCCGUUUCGGUGCGCGCUUUGUGGUUUGCGAUUCAGAAACGACGCCGAUCUCGUUUCGCAUCAGAGGGUCCACACCAGGGAGAAACCCUACCUCUGUGCCGAGUGCGGAAAAACCUUCUCGCAGAGGUCUAAUCUGCUGCGGCACCUGCAUUUCAUCCACAGCGAGUCGAAAAACGAGAAGAAACAUAUCUGCACCGAGUGCAAUGCGUCCUUCAAAGAGAAAGGAGCGCUGACACUGCACCAGAAGAGGAAGCACCACAAACAACGCUUCCGCCAUACAUGUUCCUACUGCGGCAAGUCGUUCUCUGCAUCGUCCAUCAAAAGACACACGCUGAUUCACACGGGAGAGAGACCUUUCAAAUGCGAUGUCCCUGAGUGUGACAAGUCCUUUUUGUCCGCAGUUGAGGUGAAGAAGCAUGUUCUCAUGUUCCACACCAGCGAGAGACCAUUCAAAUGUGAGAUCUGCCAAAAGGGCUUUGUCACUCUUGGUUUACUGAACUCGCACGCCAAAAUACACUUGGGAAAGAAGCCGUUUGUCUGCAACAUUUGCCUCAAGGCUUUCCCAAAGAGCUACAGCAUGAAUAGGCACAAAAAACUUGUGCAUUCGUUGGCAAGCUAAGUCAAGAGGUUCAAGAUAUGAUGCCAGAGUCCUCACUUUUGGUCUUGUGGACCACAUCACAUUCUGCCAAGGCCUCAGAUGUUUUAUUGUCAAACUUAGACUGCCCUCGCAACACAUUCUAUACCAGGGCUGACAAACUAGUUAUCAUUGAGGGCCACAUCACAGUUAUGGCUGCCCUCAGAGGGCCGCUUGUAUUAGUUAAAAAUACAUGAAAAUUAAUGUAUAAGGAUUCACCUCAUGGUAAUUGUCUAUGCAUUUUAUUAUAAUUUUUUUUUUCACAUCAACUGUUAGAAAUAAAUUCUGUAGAUUUUAGGGUAAAACACUGGCAGCUCAGUUGCCAGAAUGUUAUCAUAAAAGUCUGGUUGUUUCACUGCAUAUUACUGAAAAUUGGAAAAAACGCGACCGGUGUGUAGAAUUCUGGUGACUAAACUGCCGUUUUGUUUUUUUUACUGUAAAACCGAAGGUUGUUGUUUUCAUGGUGUAUUACGUAAAUGGAUAAAGGUUACCACAGGGGUUUUUUCCAUAAAAUUCUGAGCUACAAGUUUUCGACCUUUGACAAUCUAUGGUUGCUUUUACGGUGUAUUACUGUAAAAGCAAAAAAAAUAAAUACCACCGUUUUUUUUACGGUAGUUUUGGUAAC